GUAGUGAGUAAGUCAUUAGACAGUAUUCGGUAUCAAUUAUCUACCUACAGUACAACGGGCUGUCACAUUAGCACCACCAAGUACAAAGAUCUCCCCCACAGGUGCUUGUCAUGGACAAGACAAAGAGCAAGCCACGAGAGCAUUUCGACCAGACUGCCAUAAGCCACCAGACUGACUUUGCACCUAUUCUUCAAGCGACAAUCGAUGAGUUGCGAUCCCGACGAUCAUGGAUCCUCAACAAGGAUUGGAAGGAUGUCCGUUUACUAGAUUAUGCAUGUGGGGCGGGCACGGUUUCCAAGGCGUUGCUCCCCUUCAUCACACAAGCUGUGGGCCUCGACUUCUCAAAGGGCAUGGUGACUGAGUACAACAAAUGGGCGUCGCAGAACGGACUCGAUCCGUCCGAAGCGUAUGCGUAUCAGUGUGAUUUGCUGGACGACGACGAGUUCAAGGCCAUGAGUGAUCAGCAGCGGGAGGCGGAACAGCUCGUGACCAACUUCAACGUUGUGGUUGUUGGGUCGGCUCUGCACCACGUCGACGACCAAGUCAAGCUGUUGUCCAGGCUGGCUGGGUGUCUUGUAAGCGGUGGUGUUUGUGUGGUUCUGGAUAAAGCGCCCGACCCCGACUCUGACGGGAAUGAAACUGACAUGAUGCGACAACCCAACGGGUAUACUGAGCAGGACAUGCGUAAGAUGUACUCUGACGCUGGCCUCGGCCAAGGAUUCGAGUACACGCUUCUGGCGCCAGUCGAGUUCACACUGCACGGGCGCCUUGUGAAGGCGACAGGGUUCAUAGCUCGCGGAGAGUCGCUGUAAACUCGACGAAGAGUUGACGAAGUGAUACUCGAGACAGCCACUUGACCAAAAAAAGACGGACAUGAAAAACAUGGAAUAAGUGGGUUUGAGGGCAAUCUAGCUGUGCUGUGGCAGUGUGAAUGGAACAGUCGGUUGCUCAUGACCUUAGUCCCCAUUAUACCGAUGACAAAGUAUGUCAGCUCAAGAACUAUGGUCCGCAAAACCUAGCAAGACUGCGCCGACUGCCGCCAGCAUAGGCGCGUAGCUCCAGUGGUUGUUCUGUCCGUGACCGACAAAGUGCAGGCAGACCCAACCGUCAACCGCGGCGACCAAAAACACAGAUAUCAGAAUACACCCCAGCACUUCUCGUGCACCGUAAUACGUGGCGGCGUAGAUUGCGAGGCCCAUGAAAAUGUCCCGGACGCCAUAGACCACCAUCAGCGCGUUGACGACUUUGGCGCUGGCGGGGUCCUUGGGCGGCGACAUUUCGAAGAAUGUGAGGCCGUGUGCAGGACGGACGAUGGCGUUGAUGCCGAAGCCCAAGAAUAUAGUGCCAAAGGCAUAAGAGAUGUAAGGUAGGGCGAAAUGUGUCGAUAGUGCCAUGGCGUCGCUUUUGAUCGUUGAUGUUGUAUCAGCUGUGACUUGAAUUGUAUUCGGCAAAUCGGUUCUCGGCGGAGAAAAAGUGUUGUAGAGCAAGACGCACGUUGAUUGUCGUGAUGAAUUUUUAGGGCUGCUAUGAUAAUCAGAAGAUUUUGAAGGAUUUUUUUCGUAAAAUCCGAAGGGUGGUUACAUGUGUAGGCAGAAGUAAACGAUCGAUAUACCUGAGCAGUGGAUGAUGAUCUAUUGUAUGCCUACGGAUUUUGGAAGGGUUUCCAAAAGCCGGCCAAGGCUGAAAGGCGCCUUACAUAGGCGCAAAAGGGGGGGUGGAUACGUGCCUCGGGACACUGGGUGGCCUCCCCAAGCCAUGGCGUAAAUCUGAUCGUUAUAACUUGAACCACAAGUGCCAAACAGGAGCUGGCCUGAAUGUAAAAGGCAGAGGAAGACAAUCUUCGCUUGAAGUGACUACUAUCAGCGUCACGCGAGUUCCUUAUGUGGUAGUGAGAUGGAAUCAUGACCGGACACGAUGAGGAAGGGAAAGGGUGUGUUGAAGCCGAUCGCGAUGGCCCCCAAAUAUGCCCAGGCUACGAAAAAGAUCGUUGAAACCAUUUCCCUGCUAUGUUGACCAUGUAUCCAUUCCAUAGACACAAAAAAUAUCCAGCCUCGAGAACAAGAAAAAGUGACGCUUCACCUGGCC